AUGGCCUCAAUGCUGAUGCUCAUGGUUCUUCUUCCAAUGCUCCUCAUCCUGGCAAAGAACCCAAAGCUUCAGGACAAGGACAAGGAACAGCAGCGCCAGGAACACCGUGACGGUUGCCGACUAUCGUUAUCAACAUCGACUUGUGGCCUCAACGAGCUCAAAGUCCAGUGGCAAAUCCUCUUCUACCGGGAGAUCAAAGAGAACCUGAACAUCUACGUGAAGUACAAGAUCAGCGACUUCCUCAUCGAGACGCCGGCGCACAACGUGAAGUACCAGAUCAACGACUUCCUCAUCGAGACGCCGGCGCACAACGUGGAGUACAAGAUCAACGACUUCUUCGUGGACAAGAUCCUCAUGCACAUUAUGGCCGCGACGACAACAACAAUCCUGGUUUGGAUGGUGUUACCCAACGAAGACUACACGAGUGGAUGGAACAGGAGGUGUUGCCAAUACUUCAAAAUCAUACUCCGCGGUGCCGUAUGGACGGUAUAG